GCCCGGCCCGCCCCGGCGGCCCAGGGGUCUCUGACUGCGGCCGCGUGAGCUCGCAGCCGCCGCGAUGCCGAAAGCCAAAGGGAAGAACCGGCGCCAAAAGUUCGGCUACAGCGUCAACCGCAAGCGGCUGAACCGGCAGAGCCGCAAGCGGGCGGCGCCCCGUAUCGAAUGCUCCCACAUCAGACAUGCGUGGGACAGAACCAAAUCCGUGUCUCGGAACCUGGCUGAAAUGGGGCUGGCUGCGGACCCCAACAAGGCGAUUCCCAUCCGGAAAAGGCAGCUACCGGUGAUGGAAAUGGAGGUUGAUGGCCAAGACAAAGGGAAGAGAGUUGUGCAGAAGCCUUACGUCCUGGACGAGCUGGAGUAUGAGGCCAGCCUCCCGGAGAAGAAGUCGGAGACGCUCUCCAGAGACCUUAUCGACUAUGUGCAGUACAUGAUACGGAACCAUGGCGAGAACUACAAGGACAUGGCUCGUGAUGAGAAGAACUACUACCAGGACACGCCCAAGCAGAUCAAGAGGAAGAUCAGUGUGUAUAAGCGCUUCUACCCUGAGGAGUUCCAGGCUUUCACUGCAUCCCUGCAGCAGGUCAAGAUGGACCAACAGUAACUGCCCCCACCCUGCCCUGUUGGACUCACCUGCAAUGGCAGGUCUCGUGCCGCCACUCCCCAGGCAAACCAGGGAAGAUUGACUCUGCCUGCUGGUGCCCUUUCACCAUGCGCAGGCUGGGGCCCGCUGAACUAGAUGUAGGUUCUGGUGGGCCAGGAAGGAUCCGCCCUCCAGGGGGAGAUGGUGGGACUGAGCAUGCGCGAGAAUGGGCUCCUCCGUGUGGCUCUGCAGGCCCGAAGGCCACUGCCUCACCAUAGUGGGGGCGAAGGGAAGAGACCAUCUCUUGUGUCCUGCAGCUCUUAGUUACAAUAAAUCAGACUCUUCCAAACCA